GCAGUGAGGAGAGUCCGGGGGCUCUGGUUAAAUGAACUUGAAGCGUUUGUGCGUCGUAAAGGAGCAGAAACAGAAGCGGGUCGGUGUGAGGCGUUUGUUGUCAUGGGAAACGGGAUCAACAAGGUCCUGCCCGACUUGUACCUGGGGAAUUUCAGAGAUGCAAGAGACAGAGAACAGCUGGCCCGAAACAACAUCACACACGUCCUGUCGAUUCACGAGAACGCCACGCCUUUACUCCAGGAGAUGACGUACCUUUGCAUUUCUGCGGCGGAUCAUCCGGCGCAGAAUCUAACUCAACACUUCCAACAGAGCAUCAAGUUCAUCCACGAGUCUCGUCUUAAAGGGGAGGGCUGUCUAGUUCACUGUCUGGCCGGUGUGUCCCGCAGUGUGACUCUGGUGGUGGCGUACCUCAUGACGGUGGCGGGGCUCGGCUGGCGGGACGCUCUGGCCGCGGUCAGAGCGGUCCGGCCCACCGCCGGCCCAAACAUCGGCUUCCAACGACAACUUCAGGAGUUCCAGGACAAACAAGUCGAACAGUUCCGGGUUUGGUUCCGCACAGAGUUUGAGGACGACGCCCUGAACGACGAGGCCGACGUCACAGACUUAUUACUGAGAGCGUCCAAAGUGAACGGAAACGUCAAAGAAGAGAAAACGUCUGAACAAACCUGAUUUUACACAGGACUGAGGACGGUCACAUGUCGAGGUCAAAGUAUCGGACAGAAACACUGAUGUAAUGAGACAUUUUACAGGUUGUAUUUGUCCCAGAAAGUCUCAGAAUGUUUGAACUUUUCUUCAUACAAAGUUCUGUCGUUACUUGAGAGAUUGUUUUAAAGGUUCUAUGUGACACAAAAUGGAGUCUUGUGCGGUUUAAGUCGUGUUUUAACGCUGUUUCCACCACAAAAACAGACCUGGAGUUGUGUUUUACUUCAUUCUCACAUGUUUGAGUCACACUUUAUUAUUCAAAACGGCCCGUUCCACCUUGUGAUGUCAUGAAGUGGUAGUUUUCACGUUAACAUCUACAACUUUUUGCAUUUUGUUUAGGAAAAAAUGGCAAUUCCAGAAGCUGAAAUGAUCCAAAUGAUUCUAGAAAUGAAAAUGAAGGUGUGUGGAGUUUAAAAACACAGUGGAGCACUUCCUGUAUCACCACAUGAUGACAUCACAAGGUGGAACAGAGUGUUUUCAGUUUGAUAAAAGACCUGAAAAAGCUUUAAGUUUCAUAGUGAUCUCAGUGGAUGGACUUUGAUUGACACGUCACUUAUGUUUAAUCAUCACUUUAUAAUAUAUUUAUAAAGAAAAACAUUUCAUUGUGUUGUGUUUUGUGUGUUGUGUAAGUGCUUCCAUGACAGUUUGAGUGUGUUCUGUUGUGUUUUGUGUGUUCUGUUGUGUUUUGUGUGUUCUGUUAUGUUUUGUGUGUGUUUUAUGUGUGUUCUGUUGUGUUUUGUGUGUUCUGUUGUGUUUUGUGUGUUCUGUUGUGUUUUGUGUGUUCUGUUGUGUUUUGUGUGUGUUUUGUGUGUUCUGUUGUACUUUGUGUGUGUUUUGUGUGUGUUCUGUUGUGUUUUGUGUGUGUUUUGUGUGUUCUGUGUGUGUUUUGUGUGUUCUGUUGUGUUUUGUGUGUGUUUUGUGUGUGUUCUGUUGUGUUUUGUGUGUGUUUUGUGUGUUCUGUUAUGUUUUGUGUGUGUUUUAUGUGUGUUCUGUUGUGUUUUGUGUGUUCUGUUUUGUGUGUUCUGUUGUGUUUUGUGUGUUCUGUUGUGUUUUGUGUGUGUUUUGUGUGUUCUGUUGUACUUUGUGUGUGUUUUGUGUGUGUUCUGUUGUGUUUUGUGUGUGUUUUGUGUGUUCUGUGUGUGUUUUGUGUGUUCUGUUGUGUUCUGUGUGUGUUUUGUGUGUUCUGUUGUGUUUUGUGUGUGUUUUGUGUGUGUUCUGUUGUGUUUGUGUGUGUUUUGUGUGUUCUGUUGUGUGUGUUUUGUGUGUGUUUUGCGUGUUCUGUUGUGUGUGUGUGCUGUGUGUGCUUCCAUGCUGAACACCAUGAGGUUGUGCGCUCGUUUGUCGCUGGUGCUUCCUGUUUGUCUAAAGUGCUCGUGUGUUCAUGCAUGACAUCGAAAAAAUACUGCACAGCCAUGACGAUACUUCAAAUACUUCAAAUACUUCAAAUACUACAGACUUUAUAACUGGGGGAUAUCAUUUGGUGGAUUAGUUUAAAGGUUCAGACUCAGACGGUUCAAUAAAGUUUUGGUACGUGACGAUGUUUUAACAGGACGAGUCACAGGAGACGAGCUGCAGGUUUGAGUCUGAACUUAAACCAUCGACUCUGAGACUUCGGUUCAAACCUGAGACUCAGACUCAGUUUGUGACGAGAAACUGAAAAAAAACACGAAAAACACGAAAAACAUCAUGUCACCUGAGGUCACAUGGUUCAAACACUGAUCUAAAAACAACAAACACGACAACAUAUGCACUUUACAUGUGUACACACACACAACAUAUGUACACACACACACAACAUAUGUACACACACACACACACACCCCACAUAUGUACACACACACACACACACCCACCCCACAUAUGUACACACACACACACCCCACAUAUGUACACACACACACAACAUAUCUACACACACACACAACAUAUGUACACACACGCACUCUACAUAUGCACACAAGCACAUAGACACGCACAAAUGCACACAGACAUACACAUGCACUUUAUAUAUGCACACACACACACACAGACAUGCACUUUACACACACACACGCACUUUACAUAUGUAAACACACACACUCUACAUAUGCAUGCACGCACAUAGACACGAACAAAUGCACACACAGACAUACACAUGCACUUUACAC